UUUGACCUCUGGAGGAGCUGAGUUUCCGGCGAAGCGGUACUGAAGCCGCAAUGGCGUCGGUGUUUUCAAAGCUGAGGGCAGGCUGCUGCCAGUAAUCCGCCUCCAUCGGCCUGAGUAUCGGCCAGAGCAGGCUUAAGGGUUUCUAACCUUAUUGCAGAAUGUCUUAUAAACACGCUGAUAGAGCCAUUUGCUGAGAAUCAAAGCGAUAUUACUGAUAAAAACUUAGAUACCAGAUACAAGUUUUUUACGUUCGCUAAUCCAAUAUUCUGGACUCCAACUGAACUCAAAACGAAAUAAAAUAAGUUUUUAAUGUUUGGAAACGGCGUCUAUCCUGUAAAAACUAUCUUCAGGAGCCAAAACAUUGCCAAGAAAAUCCAAGCCCCAGUUCUUGUGCCUUAAAGUAAAGACCUGAAGUUGCUGUCAGUGGCAGCCCAGCAGAGUAAAGAUUAUGGAAGAAAAGGAACACUUGGGGUGAAUGUUCAGACAGAGAAUCAGGAUCAGGGCCGCCUUCAGCACACUUUCACUUUAAUUUUCUUGUUUUUUUUGUGGGAUGCCGGGCUCGGAGAGAGCCGGGACUAAGGCGGAUGGAAGCAGUGGCCUGGGCUCCCUGCAGCCCGGCCCCAGCAGCGGCAGAGAGCGGCGCAAAGCAGCGUCCAGGCACAAGCGACACCGAACCAAGCACAGCAGGGACUCGCCGGGGGCGGCCGCACAGACACCGCUCACCAAGGUGAAGUCUUUGGUCGAGUACGAUGACAUCAGCUCGGAGUCGGACACUUUCUCCGAGGUCACUGUCCGGUCCGAACGGAGAGAGAAAGAGGAACGGGUGAGCUCGGACAAAGCGGUCAAAGUUCACAAACAUCACCAUCACCACACGCACAAACGGGUUAAGGAGCACCAUAAGAUGAAGGAGGCUGAACGGGUUAAAGAUCGAGCGAGAAGGCCAGAAUCUGGCAAGUCCAGGAGUAGCAGAGAAAGGACUUCUUCCAAAAGGCAGGUGAUGGAGGAUGAAGACAGUGGGAAGAAAGAGCGAACGUCGCCUCUCUCAAAGCACAGCAGCAAGGAGUCAAAAUCUGCUAAAUCGUACAAAGAGAGAGGAAAGAAAGAGGAGCGGUCGACGCACAAGGAACGAACUAAGAGUCAAAAGAAAAAUAAGGAGACACCACGAGGCUAUCGAACGUCCCCCAGUCCAAAAAAGAAAAGUGGGAGCCCAAGACGCAAGCAUUCUUCAAGUCCAAAUCGGGAAGACAGCCCCAUUGGGCCAUAUGGCAAAGGAUAUGAUGCCAGUCCUGUUUAUAGGUCACGGACUUCUAGCAAUUAUGAUGGUUACCGGCGAAGUCCUGGUGAUUCCAGCCGGAAACAAUCGGCAAGCCCCCCCUAUUAUGGUUCCAGGGAGCCCACAGCCUACCAAAGUGGUUAUAACAUGAGAUCACCAAGUCCUUACGGCAGGAGACAACGGUCUUCAAGUCCCUACAGCAGGCAUCGAUCCCCCAGCUAUGACAGACACAGCAGCUCAUAUGACUACAGUGGGAGAUCGCCAAGUCCAUACAGCAGGAGGCGCUCAGUAAGCCCGUACAGCACCAGGCGGUCAUUCAGUCAGAGCCCAUUGGCCAGGAGGUCAGCAAAGUCAAGGAGCCGGAGCCCAGUGUACUCUAGACAUUCGCGAUCACGCAGUAAACAUAGGCAAUCCCGAUCACGAAGCCGACAUUCAAGUAUUUCACCAAGCCGGUUUACCCUCAAGUCAAGCCUUGGUGCUGAGCUGAGCAAAACCAAAAGGGCAAGAGCAGCUGUGGCUGCCAAGUCCAGCACAAAAGACUCAAAAGAUUCAAAAGGUUCAGUUGGAACUGUUUGUAAAACAAGCGCUCACAGUGCUGGUUCUGGCAGCACAGCCUCUGCAACACCACUUAAAGAUAUAAAAAAAUUGACUAAAAUAGUAAAAAGUGAGAAGCCAUCUUCACCUAUUGAAGCCUCAAAUGCAGUGAUUGUGAAGAUAGAGGAAGAUGUUGCUGAGGAGAUAAUUCCAGAGAUAAAAAUAAAGACUGAAUUGCCAGAGAAUAGCCCAGUACUCUCCCCAUUGGCAUUGUCAGUAAAAGAGUCUAAAUCGCCAGUGGUGAAAUGUGAAGUGGAAACGCCAAAAGAGAAGAGUCUGCCGCCUUUACCAAAUGAAAGCAAUUUGGAUAAACCUCCACUUCCUCCUUCAGGUUCUGCUCCACCACCAUUACCUCCACCAUCUCCUCCUGUAACACUGCCUCCAGCCCCAGUACAGCCACCACCUCCCCUACCAAUAGUGACUCUGCACCAGUCUCAGCCUCCUGCAGAGAUUCCGAUUGAACCACCACCACCACCAACAACCACAGUGCAUCUACCACAGCUCCCAGUACCGUUGUCGUUACCAUUGCCACCAGUAUCGAUGUCUGUACCAGUCUUGACCCACCCACCAACUAUCCCUCAGCAACCAUCAUCAAGGACCACAGUGUUGGGCAGUGCACUCCCCAUGCCACCCAUGAUGAACUCAGUAAUGCCCUUACUGACUUCAACAUUGCCACCACUGCCAUUGCCUCCACUCCUUCCUGGGGAAGAUGAUAUAGAAAGUCCGAAGGAGAUCCAACCUGUAAAAUCUACCAAGAAAGACAGAGACCAAAGAACACGGCAUUUACUAGCAGACCUCCCACUCCCACCGGAACUUCCUGGAACAGAUCCCUCACCUCCAGCUUCCCCUGAGCAGAAGACACCACCUCCAUCUCAACCGAUCCUUAAAAAAAGGCCCAAGAUCUGUUGUCCUCGCUAUGGUGAGAAAAAGGAGACUGAGAGUGACUGGGGCAAGCGAUGUGUGGAUAAAUUCGACAUAAUUGGAAUCACUGGUGAAGGAACGUAUGGGCAAGUUUACAAAGCUAAGGAUAAGGACACAGGUGAGAUGGUUGCCCUUAAAAAAGUCCGACUGGAUAAUGAAAAGGAGGGAUUUCCCAUUACAGCCAUUCGAGAGAUCAAGAUCCUUCGUCAGCUCAAUCAUACCAGCGUGGUCAACAUGAAGGAAAUUGUGACUGACAAACAAGAUGCACUGGACUUCAAAAAAGAUAAAGGAGCUUUCUACCUGGUCUUUGAGUACAUGGAUCACGAUUUGAUGGGUUUACUGGAGUCGGGGCUGGUGCAUUUCACUGAUGACCACAUCAAAUCCUUCAUGCGGCAGUUGAUGGAUGGACUAGAUUACUGUCAUAAAAAGAACUUUCUGCAUCGUGACAUUAAAUGCUCCAACAUUCUCCUCAACAACAGCGGACAGAUCAAGUUGGCGGAUUUUGGUUUGGCACGAUUGUACAACUCGGAGGAGAGCCGUCCAUACACUAACAAAGUCAUCACACUCUGGUAUCGUCCACCAGAGCUGCUGCUGGGGGAAGAGAGAUACUCACCAGCCAUUGAUGUUUGGAGCUGCAUCAGAGACGCAGCACAACAACUAAACCAGAAUGAGUUAGCAGUGCUGCUCAACCUGCUGCAGACACAGACUAAUCUCAGCCUCACCCAGCUGGCACAAGCAUUGAACGUUAGUACUAACCCAGAGACACAGCAGCAGUGGAACGUCCUUAGCCAAUCACUGGUGGCUCUGGCUGAGGCCACCAGUCAGCAGCAGGAUGCUCAGCUUCCCGUAGUGACCCAACAUACAUCUCCCUCUAUACCAUCCAACCAGCCUCCUCCAACAGCAGCACCAGCUCCAUCUGCAGCAACACCCUUAACGCCAAUAUCAGCUCCCCUUCCACAGGUCCUUGCUGCCCUACCACAGGUGACAUCCACCCAGCCAUCUCAGUCCAUAUCUCAGGAGGCUGACACCCAGAGCGACACACAGAACUUGUUGACUGUUUUACUUAGUCAGCUGGUUAAAUCUCAGGAACCCGCUACAGUGCCUGAAGAAACCAAUGGCAUCAAAGCGAGUGAUGGACCACAGCAGCUGCAAACUCCCACUAUCACUACUGACGCCGCAGAUGGUGCUGCCCUCACUAAACUGGAUAUAAAAGUUCCUGCGCCGCCUCCUGCAGUAAGUCAAACUCGAAUUCUUCCUCCAGACCAGCGACCGCCAGAGCCACCUGGCCCCCCACCCACCUUGGGUGAUACCGAUUGUCGAAUUAACCUUAGAGGAAGCCCCUCUACCAAGGACCCGAAUGCAGGAGUGAAAGCUGCUUUGCUGCAGUUGCUGAACAAAGAGGACUCACAGGAGAACGACAGACUUAACAGAGUGCCAGAAUAUGGCAGCUCACAUUUAACUAACAGCUAUGGUACAGACGGGUUCAGGAAUAAUGUCAGUACAAGUGAAAGGAGAGACUCGGAGAUGACUGGGCACGCACUACUGGACAGCAAAUCUGCCAUGUGUGCCAGCACUUCCAAACAGCUGACCCAAUCCAGGACAUUGUCCAGUUCACUGAGUGAGUUUGGAGAGUCCACUACGUACCAGGACAUGGGUGCGAUGCAGUUUACAGCAGAUCAGGAUCACCGGUUUAACUUUACCAGGGUUACUUUACCAGCUCUGGUAACUGGUACAGAAGGUAACAAUAGCACAAGCAUGCCUGCAGACGCCAAACCACCAAACUACAGCUACAGCAGCCCAAUGCCGGGAAGUGCUGUGCCCAGCAGCACCAUGACUGGACUGAGCUGGAAUGCACCAUCACGGGGCUCAGGGUAUAACAGGGUACAUGGCAGAAUACCAACCAGAGGUGGCAGAGGAAGGGGUGUACCAUACUAACGUUGGGACUCACCUUUAAUGCUGUGUUACUAUCAUAUCCGUGAAGAGAAGCGACUGUGAUCACCUUUGACAGGGUUGAAGAAAUCCACUCGCCCACAUCCAUUGCUGGCAGGGUGAGGACUGACCACAGGGGAUGAUUUGGCUCAUAAGCCAUCUGCAGUGUGUGAACUGGAGGCCCUUUAUCUUAGGGUGAGGAAUCUUUCACUGUAACAUUACACUGUUGGGGAGGUUCCCCAUGAUCUAUAUAAUCAAUUUGCAAACAUUUGAAGUCUUUGAAGACUAUAGGACAAUAUUGAAAGGAAACUGUAAGAGGGAACAAUUCUCUAGCCAUGUUGGCAUGUCACGAUGCAACAAAACGGGUUGUGGGAAGUCUGUGGAAUUGCAAUGGGCUUAAAAUAAAGCCCAAAGUAUAAUAUGUAGAGUAAUCCCUAAAGUGGAAAGAUUAUUGACAAGCCUACUGUCAGAGAAGUACACUGGAAUCUGCUUGGCAGGCUGGCUUGUAUCAUCUGUUUAUUAUAAAGGUUUCAAAGCCCGGACCAUUUCCUCCUCAUUUCUCUGUACCUGAGCCUCAGUGAAGCCACUUUAUGUUGUGUUAUUUUCUAAGUUACAAGCAUCUCAGCAAAGCUGCAAUUAAACCUGAACAAUGUUCUCACCUGGCUUAAGGUGUGAAUUCCUUUACCUUUGAGCAGAUUCAGUCAAUGACCCAAAUGUUGCUGCACUUCCCAAUCGGCGUCACUCAGUGCUCCUUCCGUUCUUUCUGAUUGAUCUCCAUUCUUCUCAUGGAUUCAGCCCCGAUCCCAUCAUUGUUUUUCCUAAGUUCUUUAUUCACUUUUUUUUAAAUAUUUUACCAUUUCACUUCCUGCUAAAUUGCCACAUAAUCCUAAAUGUUGUAAUGAGAAUUAUCUUUCAUUUCCAAUCUCUCUGUGCUUUCAAGCUGUGGAUUUUGUGUUGGACCAUCUCUUGUGUGACUUGAAUUGCAUGAGCUGCCCAUAGCCCCUAGCCACCAGCUCCCUGUGGGUAGCCUCUGCACAGAAUGUCACUGGCCUCGUGGUGACAGCAAUGGGAAGCUUGUGGGGAUCUCCCUGGGACCUACACAUUUAGAGUGAUGUGGCAUUUCCGUGUAGUAGCUACCCUUUAACAUCAUCUGUCUGGGUGAGCUCCACAUCAAGACAUGGUUUAGUUGCUAUAGUAACAAAUUAUUGUUCUGAGGAUAAGGUUACUGAAUUUUUUUCAGCUUUUAGUAAAUUUUACUUUAAUAAAAAAAUAAUAAAUCCA